UUUUUUCUUUAGUUGCUUCCGGGUUUCGGUUUGUAAACAGUCCAGAUCAGGCGGGGGAGUCCCGGGGCAACAGGGCUAUGGGAAACUGUUUGUCCUCGCAGGCCGACGACGACCAAUCCUUGCUCCACGACUCGGAUGGGGUCAGCCUGCCCGGGGAACCCCCGCCGCCCUACCAGGAGAGGGAGUCAGUCCCUGUUUACCACCCAACGCCAGGCCAGGCCCGUCUUGCUACACAGCUAACUGAAGAAGAGCAAGUGUGGAUUGCACAAAGAAUUGGUCUUAUUCAUCACCUCCCAAAAGGGAGAUACGAUCCAGGAACUGGAUCAGCAGAAAAAAAGCUAAAAGAGUGUGUUAUAUGCAUGUUGGACUUUGUAAGUGGAGAUCAUAUCCGCUUUCUCCCUUGCAUGCAUAUUUAUCAUGUUGAGUGUAUAGACGACUGGUUAAUGAGGUCUUUUACGUGUCCAUCUUGCAUGGAGCCUGUAGAUGCCGCUCUGCUGUCAUCGUAUGAAACAAAUUGACAGAAUGUUUAACUGCGCUAGAAGAACCAAUUAGUUUUUUGGGGACAUGAGGAAAAAACGUAACUUGUGCAAAUAAACUUGUCCAAUCUAGACAUACCUCACCUGGGAGAGGAAAACCAUCUGGACCUGUAAACUAUAUUUAUUUGCUUUAAACUGGAGACUUCUUUCUCUUUUUGCGCCUUAAAAGGACAGACCUCUGUCAUGACGACAGAGAUAAACGCUCUGAUUAAAGAACAGCUACAUGAAGAUUAGUCUUGUUACCAAAUGAUUUGGAGAUGUCUUGGCAGAAGAAACCAAUUUCAAAUGGAUAAUGAAAUUGCUGUUUGUUCAGGGAAGUAAGAACUGCUGCACUUUGUUAUACUUCCAGUUAUUCUUCUGAAAUACUUGAGAUCAAAUAGAACCUUUAUGGAGCCCUUAAUAGUAAAAAUGCUGCUUCUAAACAGUUGAGCAGUUUCUGGUACAGGAUGCUUUACAGAGGAAAAAACUUCCUCCUAUGCAAUAUGUGAUCAAAUGAUUGUAACUGUGGUAACAUGAACAAAGAACCAACAUGCCUUGCACCAAAUAGAGGAAAUGAAUCAAGUCUUAUACCAAAGACACACUUGACACUCAAUUAGUAGCAAAUAGUGACUGUGUGCAGUUGGUCUAGUAGGAUGUAAUAUUGGGAGGGGGACUAAAAUUGAGACUAGUCUGCAAAAUAACAAAUUCAUGGAUCUAUAAAUCUGUCCGUACAAUCCAUCACAGCUACAAAUAGCUUACAUUUAUCAAUGGAAUAUUGUCCUCCCAUAAGGACAGGGCACUAUUAUUUCAUUAUUUCCCUAUAAAGUGUAUUUAGCACAUCUGCCACAAACGUAGCUUAUUUCAAAAUAAAUACUGGUAGUAUUAGAAAUGCUGCACUUCAGUCAGAUGUGAAUUAAUGUUGAUAGCUGAGAAGCAUUUUUCAAUGAAUAACGCAGUAAUGUUUACUCAAUUUUGUUUUUAAUUUCUCUUUCCUAUGCACCAAAACAAAAUGACCCUUAUUAACCAAUCAAAACCUUAUUCAUAUGCACAUGGUAUGAGUAGGGUUGCCAGGUGUCCAGUAUUUUAGAAGGCUCUCCAGUAAGUGAGGGGCAGUCAAAGGAGUCAAAUCACUUCUGUUUUUUUUGUGUUAUCGGCAGCCAAAGAGGUGAAAUUAUGUAUAUGCAUCUUACUAACCCUUUCACUGCUAAGCCCUUUUUACACCCAGUGCUGAGCCAAUAUUGAGCUUUUUAUGCUACUUACAUUUAAACCCUACUGUAAGUCAUAUUUCAGUAAGUAACCCACACAAACUAUAUAUUGUAUUUCUCAGCAGGUGCAGAAGAUUUCCAAUAUACCAUUAUUAUAUGUAUAUUGCAUUGCAUAGUUGAUAGCUGCAGCAAAAACUGUAAAAAAACCCUUAUAUUUUUGCUUAGAUUUUAGUAAAUAAUUUUGAAAAUGUCCAAGUGACCACUGCUGUUAAUGUGAUCUCCUGACUAAAUUGUCAUCAAUGGUAGCCACAUGUAAAAUAGGGGCUCAUAGAGGCUUUUGGGGGUUAUAAUAUAGAUUAGAGAGGCUCAGUUGUCUAGUGCAAAAAUAAAAGCACUUUUUUUUCUUGCAAGGUGUUUACUGUUACCACAGUGAUCACCAGACUAUACAAACAAAAUUCAUAUAUAUUUUUUAAGAGAUGGACUUCUCUAAUAUAGAAUAAACUUUAUGAGGGGUCUCAAGACAUAUCAGAUUUUUUUUUAUUGUGCAUAAAAUUUAAUACCCCCAAGCAAA